AUGGACGACGAGGACCCGCGAGCGAUAGUUCAAACCGCGUACGACAGUAUAUCGAAUUGGUACCUAGAUUGGGCGAAAAGUCUCAAGUCCCCCCGCGAAAGAUAUGUCGAAAUACUGCUGAAGGAGUCGAUAACGCCAUCACCUUCGGUGCUCGAACUUGGCUGUGGGCCUGGAGUCCCCAUCCUUCGGAUGCUUUUGGAUCGUGGGGCGAGUGUGAUAGGCAAUGACAUCUCCAGUCAGCAGCUUAGGUUAGCGAAGAGUAGUUGUCCCGAAGCUGAGCUUGUUGCAGGGGACAUGUCUCUUCUGUCCUUUCCGUCCAAGACAUACGACGGCGUGGUGUACUUCUACACCAUAUUCCAUCUCCCUCGAGCAGAGCAAAAGAACUUGUUGGAGAAGAUUUACGCUUGGCUGAAGCCGGGAGGGAUGUUUCUUUGUAACUUUGCGGCCGUUGACGAGGACGCAAUUCAUGGCGAGUUCCUGGGGCAUGGGAUGUUCUGGAGUAGCUUCAGUGCGGAUGCCAACCAAUCCAUGGUGAAGGAGGUGGGAUUUGAGAUGGUUGUGGCCGAAGUAUCAGGCGCCGCGGGAGACGAAGACUUUGACGCUGGAGUUGAGUUCCUGUGGGUGGUAGCGAGGAAGAGGUUGAUGGGUAGUGAGUAUUGUGCGACAAGCAAUUCUGCUUGA